GUGACGUCACAUUUCACAAACUUGUUUGACAUCGUUUGAUCGUUCCCGAUUUUCUGAGAAAAUACAUAAAAAUAUUUUGAUUUUUACUCGUAAGAAGAAUCCACGAAAUGGAGUCAGGCUAUAUAAAAGCUGAUAGUACAAAUUUGCCUAAACUGGAUUCAUUUAUGGUCGCAAAUUAUUUUUCAUGCAAUCCUGACUUUUGCUCUGCCGAGUUUCGGAAUGCAAAAACUUCUGUAUCGUCGCGAGAGUCUUAUGGUGAUGACGCUAUAGGGUAUGUCCAACUAAAGCGGAAGGCAAACUUGUGUGUAAUAAAGUGCAAAAUUUGUCCUGAACACAAAGUUCGUCAACAACCAUACUCAGUGUCCAUGGUCAUCGAUGAAAAAGAAGGAAUAGUACAAAGUGUCCAGUGUGCUGACUGCCCUGCCUCUAAAGGUGGCUGCAAACAUGCAGUGGCUUUUUUAAUGUGGACUCAUAGAAGAAGUGAGGAGCCAUCGUGCACAGCUGUUGCAUGUUAUUGGAAGAAAUCGAAACUGUCUAAAGUGGGCAGCACUCUAAAAUAUAUGAAAAUCAAAGAAAUGGCUAGCAAUAACAGUUCUUUAUUUAUCCAACAGGAUGGAAGUGUAUUCUGUGAAUUUUUAACAGAAAGUAAAAAAAGGAAAUUGCAGAAUUGUCAAAUUUUAAAACAUCAGCUUGAUUAUGAAGAUGACAUAGUUCAGUUGCUCUCAUUGCACAAUUUGAGUCACAAAUUUAAUUCAGAAAAUGACUGUAAUCAAUUUAUAAACAAAAUACGUUUAGUGUUUACAGAAAAGAAUGUUAGUGAAGCAGAAAGGCUAACAUACCUGCAGCAUAAAAGUCCAGCAUGGUAUGAGCUUCGCUAUGCGAGAAUUACAGCAUCAAAAGCAUUUGAUGUGACUCGCUGUAAAACAUCAGAUGGCUCAUUAAUUGCAAUAUUAAUGGGUGCAAAAGUGCCUGAUACUGUAGCUAUGAAAAGGGGCAGAAAGUUAGAAGAUCUCGUAAAAAAUAUAUUAACGGAACAACUUGGUAAGAUUUCUCAGUGUGGCCUGUUCAUAUGUCAAGAAUACCCUAUGAUAGCAGCAUCGCCUGAUGGAAUUUUGAAUGGUGAUACUGUAUUAGAAAUAAAAUGUCCAAUAAAUGAAAAAACUUCAAAAACAUAUGUUUCGAACAACCAAGUCACUGCUAAGUACUUCGCACAAGUGCAACUGCAGAUGUACUUAACUGGAUUAAAAAAGUGUUUAUUCUGUGUGGCAUCAUGGAAUUUUGAAACGAAUAAUGAGAUCAAUGUUGUGCCUCUAGAUUACAAUUCUGAAUAUGUAAUAGAUUUACUCUGUAAAUUGGAAUUUUUCUGGAAAAAAAAUGUUUAUCCACUAUUAUAUAAUAGUACCAAAUAAAAAGAUUUAAUUUUUGAAAA